AUGAUCGCAUCAAAGCUAAAGCUGCUGGCCUCGUUGUCAAUCCUGUCCCUCGCCAAUGCGGCAACCAUCCAACAACCACGGUCAUCCCCCAAGGAACCCUUCCCCCAGACCCAUGGAACGGACCUGAACAUCCACGAUCCCAGCAUCGUCCGCAGCGGUGACACAUACUAUUCUUACGGCGUCGACACACACAUCCCCAUUCACUCCGCCCCCAGCCUCGACGGCCCAUGGACACGUCUCGGCAACGCCCUGGACGCCGACAGCGUCAUUCCCAAGGGUGACCGCACCGCCCCCUGGGCCCCCAACACCAUUGCCCUAAACGGCAAGUUCUAUAUCUACUACGGCGUCUCGCAAGCUGGCUGCCGCGACAGCGCCAUCGGUGUUGCUGUCUCCGAUCACCCCGGUCCUGGAAACUGGACCGACCAUGGUCCCAUCAUCCAAACCGGAACCGGAAAGGGCUCAGGGAAAUACCCCUUCAGCACAUCCAACGCCAUCGAUCCGUCGGUCGUCAUCGCUAGCGGCCAGCCGUACCUGAACUUCGGCAGCUACUGGUCGGGUAUCUGGCAGGUACCGCUGAAGGAAGAUCUCAUUUCCCUGGGCGACAAUGUGAAAUCCGACUCCAGACAUCUCGCCGCUGAACCCAAGGCCAUGUUCCCCGGCGGUAACAACCCAGACGCCAACUGCCGGGAUGACAGCGGCUCGCACCCGAUCGAGGGCGCGUUCAUCUCCUACCACUUCCCCUACUUCUACCUCUGGUACAGCCACGGAAAGUGCUGCGAUCUGGACCCCAAGGCUCUCCCCAAGCCCGGUGACGAAUACAGCAUCCGUGUCGGCCGCUCUUCCAACCCCCAAGGCCCCUAUACCGACAAAUCCGGCAAAGACCUCGUCGACGGCGGCGGCGAACUCAUCUACGGCUCCAACCGUGACGUCUACGCCCCCGGCGGCCAGGCCGUCCUCACAGAUAUCGGCGGCGACAUCCUCUACUACCAUUACCUGAAUUCGUCUGUCAGCUAUGACUUUAACACGGCCAAGUUUGGCUGGAACAGACUUGAGUAUGAGGAUGGGUGGCCUGUUGCGCAGUACUAG